ACGCAGCAAAACGCCGCCGGGGGUGAGGGGCGGGGCAGUUGUAGAGGAGUUAGGGUCCUAAAUGUGUUCCUUUAAUUAUAUCUUUGGCUUUUUCUCCUGAAUUUACAUAACUAGGUAUAACCAUAAGGAGCUAAGCAUCUCGUGUGACUUUUAGGUGGGAGCAAAAAAAAAAAAAAAAAAAAAAAAAAGCAACUAUAGAGCUCUCGGCGGCAGGCAAGUCUGGGCUUGAUUUUUCUCCAGCUGAUGAAACUGGGAGGUGCGGCCUUAAGAGCCCGCCUCUCGGCCGCAGAGCCACUGCCAUUCGAGGGCUGGGUCCUUUGCAGCAUCCGCCACCAGCCCUCGCAGGAAGCCAAGCCGGCGUCAGGAGACUGUUGCGGAAGCACCGAAGGCCGGCAGCUCGUCUACGCGGUGCUGGCCGCACAGCGAGGGCUCCAUGGUGCCAGUGCGCGCGUGGGUCCGGUUGCUGCUGAAGCCCCCCGGGUUGGGGCUGCAGCCCCAUGGACUAGCACCUGCACCGGGCGGCGGAAGGCUCCUCCCUCUGGCCUCUCUGGUCCGUCAUCAGCACCUCCGCCCCCCCGGGCUGACAAUGGCUUCGGGCUCCGAGGGGCAGCUGCAGCCCGCUCCGUCCCGUGGUUGGCCCAUGGAUAAACCUGAGAAAAAUGAAAGGGACCGAAAGGCAGUGAUCUGUAUCGAAGGUAAUAUCGCGAGUGGGAAAACAACAUGCCUGGACUACUUUUCUAAGAUGACCGACAUUGAGGUUUUGACAGAGCCUGUGCCUAAAUGGAGAAAUGUCCGUGGCCACAAUCCUCUGGGCUUGAUGUAUCAGGAUGCCUCAAGAUGGGGAAUAACCUUUCAGACUUAUGUGCAGCUUACCAUGCUGGACCAGCACACCAGGCCUCAGAUUUCAUCACUGCGGAUGAUGGAGCGGUCAAUUCACAGUGCCAAAUAUAUUUUUGUAGAAAAUUUGUAUAAAAGUGGCAAGAUGCCUGAAGUGGAUUAUGUGGUCUUAUCUGAAUGGUUUGACUGGAUUGUGAAGAACAUCGAUGUUUCAGUCGAUUUGAUAGUUUAUCUCCGGACCUCUCCUGAGACUUGUUACGAAAGAUUGAAGAUGAGAUGCAGGGAGGAGGAAAAAAUCAUUCCACUGGAAUAUUUGGAAGCCAUCCACCAGCUGUAUGAGGAGUGGCUCAUUAAGCAAACCCUCUUCAAAGUGCCCUCUCCUGUUCUGGUAAUUGAGGCCAACCAGGACACGCAGACGAUGCUGGAACUCUAUGAGAAAAACCGGGACCAAAUAUUAACUGCAGGGGAUAUGAAACAUCACUUAUAGAACCAGGAAAACCUAUGUGAUUGUAGUAGCAGCCUGUCAGAGUCUGUCAGUUUAGCCAUGAGGAAUAACUUUUUGAGGUACACUCAAGUGAAUUUUCUAUCACAAAUUAUUAAAAGUAAAUGUGUAUACAUACACAUGCAACAUGCUAUAACAUACAUGAAAUGCAUGUACAUGUAUAUGUAUAUAUGUCUACUUUAAUAUACUAACUAUUGGAGUAUACACAGCUUUGUGUAUACAUGUAUGUCUUCAGUACAUUUCAUGGCGUUCUUCUAUUACUUGAGUGUCCACCAUGGAGCCUAUUGAUGCGAUCCACCUGAUUUUUGGGAUGUGACCUGCCUGAGAUUUUUAGCAAAAAAAAAAAAAAAAAUCACUUAGCAUAACUAUGUGGCAGGCCAUUUAACUGACUGCUGACGAGUGCUGCGCUAGCAAAUUUGGACCAAUUAAUCCUAAUUGAAGUUGAAUGUCAUUCAUCAUCUAAUUAAAUUCAUCAGCCUCCACAAGCAUAUAUGGUCAUUGCCAUUAUUGGAGACUUGGAAUGAUUUUUUUCUGCUGUGUAGCUCAAUUGUAGGAGGUAUAAUAGUUGACUUUUAGUCCUUUACUGUCCAAAUCCACACUUUUGAUGACCUAGGAAUAGCUGCAGUGGUAGAGUCAGAUCCUCCUGACAACUGCAUAGUCCAGCCUUUUGUUGUGAGCAUGGGAAUGGGAGCUUGUAUUUAUAGAAAGAAAGUCGGGGACUGAAUGGAGCCAAGUGUCAUUGUUGUCUGGUCAUUUUGUUUGCCAAGUUAUUGAAGGGAAUAAACAAUUGUGGAUUUUUUUGUUUGUUUUUGCAAACCAA